AUGAGUGAAGACCAUGGGAAGAGAUGCUGGAGGGCUAAACCCAAGGUCCAUGAAGUAAAAGCUUACCUCAGAAACUGGGGGCUUUUUCUGGGUCAAGGCCUGACAUCAGGAUUUGCAAAUGCAGGACAACCCAAAAUCUGCCUCAAACUGCUCUUCAGUCUUUGUCAACCAACCCUGGCCCCCCACCGCCACCCCCAGUUAGCAGGAGGAGCAGGAGGAUGGUCCCACCCAGGGCCACAGCCUGGUGUGCAAUGCAUUCCUACCAUCCACAUCAGUCUUUUGAGUAGACUUCCCCCAAUGAAAGAUGCUGCAUGGAGAGGUAAGUUUGUUGUACUACUGAAACUGGACUGUAGGGAGGUGCACAUGGGUUAG